AUGAGCGCGGCGGGGUCGGCGGGGGGGGCGGCCCCGGGCGGCGGAAGGGGGCAGCGGGGAGGGGGGAGCCCGGCGGGGCGGCGGGCGGGGGGGGGCGGGCGGCGGAGGGCCCUGCGCUCCCUGGGCAGCCUGGCCGGGAGGCUGCUCCGCUCCUGGGCGCGUCUGGCCGGGGGUCGUGGAAUCCCCCGCUCCGUGCCGGAGGACGACGAGGGGGGGUUCCGGGGAGGGGGCGGCCCCGGCGGGGAGCGGCUGCGGCGGCGGCGGCCCGGGGGGGCGAUGGCGGCCCCGGCGGCGGCCCCGGCGGGGACGGUGGUGAUGGGGUUGGCGGAGGGGGAGCGGCCGCCGGGCGCGCAGGGGCUGCGGAACCACGGGAACACCUGCUUCAUGAACGCGGUGGUGCAGUGCCUGAGCAACACGGCCCCUCUGGCCGAGCGCCUGGCCCUGGGCCGCUACCGUGCCCGGGGAGCCCGAGCCGAGGUCACCCACCGGCUGGCGACACUGGUCCGCUCCCUCUGGACCCGCCGCUACACGCCGCAGCUCUCCGCCGAGUUCAAGAACAUCGUCUCCAAGCACAGCUCCCAGUUCCGGGGCAACUCCCAGCACGAUGCCCUCGAGUUCCUGCUCUGGCUCCUGGACCGCAUGCAUGAGGACCUGGGUGCUGCCUCCCCCGCCCCGCAGCCCCGCGGCCCCCAGGAGCCUGGCGAGGAUGGGGGUGGUGGUGAUGGCAGCUCCAUGCCAGCCCCCCAGCCCCCCCGGGGACAGAGCUUCGUGCAGAGCCAUUUCCAGGCACAGUACAGGUCCUCCCUGACGUGUCCCCACUGCUUGCAGCAGAGCAACACCUUCGACCCCUUCCUCUGCAUCUCCCUGCCCAUCCCGCUGCGCCAGACCCGGGCUCUGAACGUCACCCUGGUGCUGCAGUGCGAGCAGCGGCGGUUCCUGCGGGUGGGCCUGGCCGUGCCCCUGCUGGGGACAGUGUCCCAGCUGCGGGAGAUGGUGGCACGGGAGGGACACAUCCCCCCGGAGCAGGUGAUCCUGGCCGAGGUGUCCCCGCGGGGGUUCCUGCGCUCGCUGGGGGACACGGAGGAGCUGGGGGGGGCGGGCCGGGGGGCUCCUCUCUACGCCUUCCAACCACCCCCCGCCCCACGCACAGGUACCGGGGCGGCUCUGCCCCGAGAGAGGGAACGGGACGGGCAGGGCAGGGGGAGCCCUGAUUGCCUCCCCGCCUCCCCCGGGGCCCCGCGCCCACUGCCCACCCCUGCCCGCUCCUCCGACUGCCUGCACCGGGGGGCGACCGGGAGGCUGCUGCUGCUGCUGCUCUGCAACACGGCGGGAGACGGGGCGCGCCUUGCCAGGUUUGGGCCCCCGCUGGUGCUGCGGGAGGAGCGGGGCAUCUCCUGGGAGCAGCUCCAGCAGAGCAUCCUGACCCAGCUGCGGGCUCUGCUGCGGGGAGAGGUGCGGGCACAGGGCUCAGGGACCCUCUUCCGCAUCCGCCUGGCCGGGGGCUCCUCCCCCUGCCCCUACCUGUCCCCGCAAGACCCCCGCCCCCUCUGCCACCCUGCCAUCGACAGGUAAGGGCACUGCAGGGACAGGGUGGCCCCCCCCCACGUGAAGCUGACGGUGGAGUGGGACAUGAGCACCAAAGAGCGUCUUUUCGGCAGCAUCCGGGAGGAGGUGGUGCAGGACGCGGCCAGCGUGAGGCUGCAGCAGCAGGCACAUCGCCAGCAGCAUUCCUGCACCCUGGAUGAGUGCUUCCAGCUCUACACCAAGGAAGAGCAGUUGGCCCCAGACGACGCCUGGCGCUGUCCCCGCUGCCAGGUGCCCCAGCAGGGGACGGUGAAGCUGAGCCUCUGGACCCUGCCCGACAUCCUCAUCAUCCACCUCAAGCGGUUCCGGCAGGUGGCAGAGCAGCGGCACAAACUCAGCACCCUGGUGAGGUUCCCCCUGCGGGGGCUGGACAUGGCCCCCCACGUGGCACAGCGGGGACAGGGCCCUGGGAAGCUGCUGGGGCGCUGGGGGUCCUGGCAGCCCCCCCGCUGCUCCCCCCAUGACUACCUCUACGACCUCUACGCCGUCUGCAACCACCACGGCAGCAUGCAGGGAGGGCACUACACCGCUUACUGCUGCAACGCCCUGGACGGGCGCUGGUACAGCUACGACGACAGCCGGGUGGAGGGGGUGCGGGAGGAGGAGGUGAGCACCCGCAGCGCAUACAUCCUGUUCUACCAGCGCCGCAACGCCGGGGGUCCCGCCGCCUCCCCGCUCCCCCAGCACUGGCUGUCCCGCCUGGGUGACAGCAGAUGGGACACCGCCUCCUCCUGUCCCUCGGCCACCCCCCCCGGCACCCCCGCAGCCCCGGAGAAAGGUGGCUUCGAGGCCAGACCCUCGGUGCGGGGGGUCCAGGGCUGCAGCCCCCCCCCUUCUCCUGCCGCCGGGGCCGGGGGGGGACCAGGGGGGCUGGUGGCUUACCUGGAGUCGGGGCGCAGACCCCGCUGCACCCGCCGCCCCCUCCUGCCGCUCAGCUCGGGGGGGGAGAGCAGCCCCGACACCCCCCCGGUUCCCCGAGCCCCCAAACAGCCCGGCACAGGGCAGGAGGAAGGUGGACCCCCCAGAGCCCCCCGCCGGCCCCUGCUGCGGCGAGCUGCCAGCGCCGGAGCCGAGGGGACCCUGCGCCUGCCCCCCAAAAGCCAGAGCGGGGAGGGGGGGCGGCCGGGGAGGCAAGGGGGGGUCCCCUCGGCACAGCUGUCCCCCGACCCGAUGGCCAUGGCGCGGUCGCACAGCUCGGCCAGUCUGCCCCCCCGUCCCGGGGGGGGGCUGCGGCGCUCAGCAUCGCUGGGCAGGGGUGCGGGGGGCACCCCCCUGCCCCCCCGGGCAUCCCCCGGGGCCACGCUGCAGCGAGGCCGGCAGCUGGUGGGCUCCCUGCGCCCCACGGCCGUGCCCGAAUCCAGCUUCUGA